CCAAAUAUAGGUUAGAACAACACUCAGCUCUCUCCCUCUCUCACCGGAGUGUACCAUCGCAGGGAUGAAUUCUAACUUGUGCGAUGAAAGCUGGAGAUGAAUACUUCAUCCGUGACCCACAUAAUGGCGAUAUAUGAGGAGGCUCGGUGAGCGGAGCUCCGUCGUGUUUCAGCCCGCUCCUCCGCCGUGCGUCCCCGGUGCAGCGGGGAGCUGUGCGGCGCGCCUCGCCUCCCUUCUUCUCCGCCUUGGCCAGACUCCUCUCCAUCGCUUCCAGGAAGAGGAGGAGGAGAGGAGGGAGAAGGAGAAGCAGCGCACACCGAGAGAAGGGCUUCGGAAACGGAAAAGAUGUAAAGCAGUGCUGUUGGUUGUUCUGCACCAGCUUCAGCUCCGUCUACCUCAUGAAGUUGCAGCUAAGUUGAAAUCAUGGAGCUGUGGUGCAGGAGAAUCAUUCACGAUCUUUUGUCUGGGAUUGCAGCCUAAAGAGUCCUGAGUGAGGCAGCAGACCAUCCCCAGGAGAGGAGACUUCAGCCUGGCCUUUAACUGCUAAGACACUACCACCGCUUCACUGCUCCACUAAAGAACCUCCCCCUCACCCUGUGGUCCUGACUCCGGUCCUCCAGCUAUCGCACACCUCCAUCCUCUCAGCUCCUCCUGAUCACCCCUAAAACUCCUCUUACUCUGGCCCUCCACCAGCUCUUCCAUCCGUUCCUGCCUCAGUGACUCUCCCCUGGGGUUCUGAGGACAUGGCGGUACCUUCAGUCCAUGAGUUUCACUGGCAGAGCCUUGCACGACUGCCCAGUGGCCGUGUCUACCACACUCUGUCUGAGGUGGGGGGACAGAUGUAUAUGCUGGGGGGCUGUGAUGCUGGAGGGAGGCCAUGCCCUACUGUGGAGCUCUACUCCCCUGAGGGGGACCGCUGGAUAAGUUUGCCCCCCAUGCCCACUCCUCGAGCAGGGGCAGCCGUGGGAGUCAUGGGAAAACAAAUCCUUGUGGUUGGAGGCGUAGGAGAGGACCAGAGCCCCCUGAAGGCAGUGGAGAUGUACAACACAGAAGAAGGAAGGUGGAGGAAGAGGAGCGCUCUGCGGGAAGCCUUGAUGGGUUUAUCCAUCACUGUGAAAGAUGGUCGUGCACUGGCUGUGGGGGGAAUGGGUGCUGACCUGCUCCCUCGUAACAUCCUGCAGCAGUUUGACCUUCGAAAAGAUGUGUGGGCACUUCUUCCUCCCAUGCCGACUCCACGCUACGAUGCCAACACGUAUCUGCUGGCCAACAAGCUCUAUGUGGCAGGUGGUCGGCAGUGUAAGCGACCAGUGAAAGUCUUCGAGGUUUAUGACGCAGAGACACGUUCCUGGACAACGCUACCCUCGAUGCCUUGUAAACGUUCGUACGGGGGAGUGAUUUGGGACCCAAAUGGGAGGCUGUGUCUGCUUGGAGGACUGCGGCAGGGAGGAGGACACCAGAGUUCCAAGUUCACCAAGAAUUUCAACAUUUUUGAUACCAACCAAGGAACCUGGUUGAAGUCGGAGGAGACGGUGCCCAUGAAAACAAAGAGAGCUGACUUUGCUGCUGCUUUCCUGCGUGGCCGGAUGGUGGUAGCAGGAGGACUCGGUCACGAGCCCUCAGCCCUUGACACAGUAGAGGCCUUUCAUCCACAGAAGAAGAAGUGGGAGAGGUUAGCUCCCAUGAACUUCCCCCGAUGCUCAACCUCCUCCAUCAUCAUCAGAGACCGCCUCCUAGUGGUGGGAGGAGUCAACCAGGUUCCCAGCUCAGCCAAUGAGAUUCUGUACGUCAAAGAAGAAGAGUAUCUGUAGCUACAUGAACACAAGAUGAAUGCAUCACAUCAGUGAUUCCACUUCUUCUUCUCUGCAAAUCCUUCCUGAAUCAGACUGUAGUGCCAUAUGUAGGAGGCUUUGAAGAAACCGAUUGAAGGGGUCUUAGUCCCUGGCUGUCUGAUACAAUGGGAUGUGUAACACUGACCCCUGCUGGGCUGUACCGACACUGGGAGCCACAUGUAAGCACACUGAUGCACAUUGGAGGAGCUGGCUCUUUCUUUCUACCAACUUGUGUUUUCUGAUACUUUUGGUAUGUGACACUUCUGCGUCGUACGUUGUAGUGCAGACAUUGAAAAGAACUAUUUUGUAGCUGAGUGUCUUGUUUUGUAGACAGAUGUUUGGACGACAGUUUCUCUAUGUGGUUUUAAUCUCUUUAUUCUUUGUGUUCAGCUUGCUAACAUUUAAGCAUCUGUAGAUUUAGUGAUUUAAACAUAAGAGUUUGAUUUAAUUCAACAACACAACUGCAAUAUUUGUAUAUAAUUUAUUACCAUCUUGCAAAAAAGGCUCACUUGGAAGCUGGGUAAUGUGAAAACAGUACUGUAAAAAUAUCGCAUUGAAGCAGUGUGGACUGAGUUGGGGUGACUUUACGAUCAGUUAUUGCUAGUAUAGUUUAUUCUAUUAGUUAUUCAUGGAAUGCUGUGCUUACUCUUCUACAGUGUUAAAGUGCACAUUUGUGGAUAUGAUCAUAAAUAUGAUUUAAUGCAUUGAAUAGAUGAGUAGAAACUAUAAGAAGACAAUGUGUUGUUUGUGCCGGUGAUAGCCAGACUGCUGUUGUAAACAAAGACUUGGAUCCAGUUGGACUCUGUUGAUUGUGAACAUUUAUUCCUUGAGCAAUACGACUUUCUCUUGUUUCAGUGUUUCAUUUGUGCAUUAUGUGCUGUGCAGUAAUACUCAUGGGUUCUUGACACCACACUGAGCUUGGUUUGAACUCUUGCUGAACACAGAUGGUGUAUCGUUGCUGUAUUUGAAGUCACAGUCAGAUGCUGUCAGUGAAGUAUUAUCAUGUCGACAGUUCCUCCUCUGAAGGGUUUUAAAUCCUACAAUGUGAUCAAUCAUUGAUCCAUGCUGAACUCCAUCAUGUCAUGUUAUGUCAAUAUAGUAUAACAGGUCAUUUCCAAAGGAAUAAAAUAUUUGCUGUUUGUAUCACAUUUAUUCACCACUAGAUGGCAGCAAGCACACAUUAAUCCAGCCUCCUUCUCCUCAGACUGAGGUAUGGGAGUAUUGUUACAUGCAAAGGUUCAUUCUUUAACACCGAUCUUUUGGGGGGGGUUUUCUGCAGAAAUUAAGUAUAUAUGUCAGUUUUAUAAGAUUACAACACAAAGGACACCAUAAGCAUAUUUUGUUAUCUGAAAAAAAAUCCUUGUUAAUGAAAAGGUCUUUAAUAUUAACUGCUGGCAUUAGAUUGUAGUCGUCUUUUUUUAACACUGUCACAGAUUGUCCAAUAAGAACGAUUUAAACAAAGACAGACCGGAGAAGUUUCAACAUCGCAAAUGUUCAACUCGCCAACAGAAAUGUGAUGCCCCUCGGCUUACUGCAUAAUUAGAUACGAGCAUGUAGUGACCUUGAUUUUAAUUAAGUAAUGAAUACUUUAUGUUUGUUUCAUUUGUUAAAAGCUGUUUGAUUAAUAUAAGUUUGCAGGCUCUAAUAUCAGAACAUCUGGUGAUCAGUUUAACAUUUAUCACCACUUUCAUCUUGUUGAAAACUUAAUGCAAUUUACAGGAAAAAUUCAAGAAAAGAAGAUACAAAGGUACUGUGUGCUCAAGGCGGUAAAGUGGUAAACUUCAGGUAGAGGCCGGGUGCUCUUGAAGAAAGAAGAAAAACUGGUCAAAAAAGGGGGAAAGCUACGGAGGCUGUCUUCAGUCACACCAAGAAUAGUUUAAAAAGCCUUUAAUUUGUUCAGAGAAUAAAGUUUAACAUCAUAUUCAGGCAAAAGAAGCGUUGAUAUAAAUAUAUAAAUCUCACAUCUCUGUUGUAGUCUCCUCAUUUUUCCAUAUUUUACCUCCUUCAGUCAUCUUGGGGUUUAUUAUGCCUGUCUGUAUUGACAAAUUUAACAUGACUUGAUAUCUUUUUAAUGAUUAUUGGAUUGUUUAUACUUGCUAUUUAGAUUAAACUUCUUACUGUUUAGCUUCUCAGAGGUGUCGUGGGCCUAACUAAAAGAAACAUCAGUGAAGGGAAGUGCCUAGUUACUAACCCCAGUGAUGUGCUGGCUCUCUCUGUCCAUCUGUCCUUUCUAUCUCAGGCUUUGGGGGACAUCAGGAGCCAUGGGGUAGGGUACUAAACUUAGCAGUAAAGGGCAUAGUGGGGUGGGUUUAUUCACUGAAGCGCACAUCCUUUCUUGUAGCACAAGUACCUUGUCUUUAUCUCAAACUCUCAUGUUAUCUUUGUUUGGUACCAUUGUAGUGUUUUCUGUACUUCUCAGCCUCAUGGCCACAUGACAAUAUAAAUGAACCUCACCAGUUUCACCACGCCCUGAUGAAGACUCCGUCAAUACCGGUUGGCGUUUCUUUUUCCUGAAUACAAUUUUAAACUUUGUGCCCUGAACAUUCAAAGGCUUCUCAACCAUUCCUCUGAUCAAGCUGGUGUGCCUGAAGGCAGCCCCGUGGCCUACGCCCUUCUUCUUUCCACAUCCUUGUUGGUGUUGGAGCACGUUUGACUUCACUUACAGUAACUUAAGAGUCCAAUUACAUUAGGCAAGCUUAACGAGUAUUUUCUUGAAUCUGUUUGAAGUAUUUCAUGAUUUACAAAUAAAAAUUGUGUUGUGUAU